AUGAUUUUGGAGGUCGAUGGGCUGGUCAUGAGCCUGGGCUACUGGGCAACAAAAGUCGGUAGCCUCCAGGCAAGGAGCAUGGCAGCCGCUGUGAGCAGAGUCAUGAAUGCUCUGUUAGAGCAACCAUUGAUGGCCAUAGGGAAUCUUGACCUGUGUGAUGAAGAUGACAUUGAUAUUCUUCAGAAGUGGAACAAUUUUAAAACUACACUGCAAGAAGAGUGUGUUCAUGACCUGAUAUCCAAGCAGGCUGUGGAUAAUCCCAACAGUGUGGCCGUUAAUGCCUGGGAUGGCCAGUUUACUUACAAUGACUUGGACCGUCUCUCGUCAAAUCUGGCAGUCCAUUUACAGGGAAUGGGUAUCAUUCCUGAGACCUAUGUUGCUUUAUGCUUUGAAAAAUCAAAGUGGCUUGUUGUUUCCCUACUUGCCGUUAUCAAGGCUGGAGCGGCAUAUGUUGUGAUUGAGCCAUAUUAUCCCCUUAAGCGCAUGAAAGAGAUCUGCAUUCAACUUCAAAUUAAUGUUCUUCUGGCCAGCUCAGAUUUGCUCCAUACGGCAAGCAAGCUAUCUGAUCAGGUCUUGGUCGUCAAAGAGGGUUCCGAAUACUUACAUGACGGCCGCAACGGUGAUGAGCAAAAAGCAGAGAUGUCCACUAACAACCCUCAUAAUGCACUCUACGUUGUGUUUUCCUCCGGAUCUACGGGCAAUCCAAAGGGAAUUGUAGUAGAGCAUUCUGCAUUCGUUAGUUGGGGUAUGAUGCUAAGACAAGCAAUUUUCUUGGAUAGCCAAUCUCGGGUGCUUCAAUUUUCGAGUUUCGCCUUUCUUAUAGCUCAUCGCGAUGUGCUGCUUACCCUCAUGCUUGGAGGCUGUGUCUGCAUGCCGUCUGAGUCACAGCGCCUCAACCAUCUCGAGACAUUUAUGACCGAAUACCAGGUCAACUGGGCCAACCUCACACCUUCAGUAGCUGCGUUACUCGACCCGGACAUGACACCUACCCUCGAGACCUUGCUCCUCACCAGUGAACCGAUGUCUCUUUCUAGCCUUACUACGUGGGAGGGCCGAGUAAACCUCAUCUUUGCGUAUGGCCAGGGGGAGAGUGUCAGUCUCUGCUGUGUGAGGCACAACCCAACAGUCGGUUCUGACCGUAAGAAUGUUGGUCAUAGGAUCGGCAGAUCAGUCUGGCUCGUUGAUCCCGAUGACCAUGAUAAGCUGGUCCCCGUGGGGGCUGUUGGAGAGUUAGUAAUUGAAGGGCCUGUACUGGCUCGUGGAUAUCUUGAUGCUGAGAGAACGGCACUCGCGUUUCUAGAUAAUGCGGCGUGGGUACGAAGGCUCAAGCCGGGUCAGAGAGGGCGGCUCUAUAAGACGGGAGAUCUGGCACAGUUUACCGAUGAUGGAUCAGUCCGAUAUCUCAGUCGAAAGGAUAACUCGACCAAGCUCUACGGACAGCGACUGGACAUUGAUGAGGUGGUACGCCACAUUCAGGGCUGUCUAGCAGGACUGUCCGACACGACAGUUCGCGAUGUGGUGGUAGACCUAUGCCACCCACCUAACUCCAAUGACAUCAAACUGGUGGCCUUUCUUGGAUUCAGCCGCACCUCGCCGAGUACAAGCGGUGAUGUUCUCUUGGGUCCAUUGGACCGAGCCUCCGCCUACCUCCAGCAAAUAAAGUCCCACUUGGCUGGCCUCGUUCCUCGUUACAUGAUUCCAGCUCUUGUCGUCACGGUCUCCCGCAUACCACUCAACCUGUCCGGUAAAACCGAUCGCCGACGGCUGCUCGAGCUUCUUUCUCGUAUGACGCCUUCUGAGUUGGAUUUAUCCAUGGGAUCCAAUGUCAGCCAUGAAGACCCGUGUACCGACCAGGAGCGGAGCCUGUGUUCACUUUGGUCACAGACCUUGAAGGUUGCUGAAUCGAGCAUCGGAAGACAUGACGACUUUUUCCAGCGGGGAGGUGACUCUCUGGCAGUGAUGAAACUAGUCUCAGCCGCACAUGCGGCCGGUCUUUCUUUGACAUUCGGUGAUGUUUUUGCAAACCCAUUGUUACUCGAUCAAGCAAACCUGAUGGGCUCGGGGCAGGAUCAGGAACAACGAAAUUACAUUUGUGCUCCGUUUGAAUUGAUCACAAAAAGUCGGAAGCAUGCUGUUAUUGUAGUGGCAGCCAGGGAAUGCGCAUUAUCAGAGUCACAGAUUGAGGACAUUUACCCAGCGACACCAAUUCAGGAGGGCCUCAUCGCACUUAACGCUCUACGGCCGGGGUCAUAUGUGUCGCAGCGAGUCUACAAAAUUGAAAGCGACGGUUUUAGUGUGUCCAGGUUCAAAGCAGCUUGGAAUGCCACCUUGGAUACGAAUCCACCCCUGCGAACCCGUUUCAUACGGUGCUCUGAUGACGGCUCAACUUAUCAGGUCGUUGUUCGUACCGAAUUUAAGCUUGACUCUCACAAUGACUUGGAAAAUUAUCUGGCACAGGACAGGGCCAGUCCAAUGAAUUUAGGAUCACCACUGGUACGGCUGUGCCUCAUUGCCAGCCCCAGAGGAGAGGUAAACCUUUGUGUUGUCACAAUGCAUCACUGCAUAUACGAUGCCUGGUCCAUGUCCGUGCUGUUGGACCAAGUUCAUGCCGUGUAUCAUGGAAACAUUUUGGACCCACAGCCCUUCAGCGGGUUUGUCAAAUAUGUUCAACAAUCGAACGAGAAUGCAUCGGAAUAUUGGAGAACCGAGAUGGCUGAUGUGCAGGCCGAACAAUUUCCAGCCUUGCCUUCUACAACACAUUACCUGAACACCACAGAAUCUGAGACCUUGGAUAUUCCCCUGCCUCCAAGGAACGCAACAGCAAAUAUUACACUCUCUACUUGUCUCCAGCUAGCAUGGGCAGUCACUUUGGCCAACUACACCCGCCUCGACGAUGUGGUAUUCGGGUUGACGGUUUCCGGAAGAGGAUCCCCAGUGCCAGGGAUUGACAAGAUGGCUGGGCCAACAAUCGCAACAUUUCCUUUGCGGGUUCAGUUGAGGCCAGCCUCAUCAAUCAACGAGGAGCUCCAGGCGUUGCAAAGUCGUGUAAUUUCAACAAUGCCAUUUGGUCAUUUCGGCAUGCAGAAUAUCAGUAGGGUUGGGGACGACGCUGCCAGAGCAUGCAGGUUUCAGAGUCUUCUGGUUAUCCAGCAGAGCCAGUCCACAUCCAAAAGGUCUGGGAUUCUCCGCAGCAUUGAGGGUCUUGGGAUUGCUGCACAGGCAACCUGGGAUACAUAUGCAUUAACAGUCCUGUGUACUCCUGCUGACGAUGACAUGAUUUAUCUGGAGGCUGUUUACGACGCAGCUGUAGUACCCAAGCCUCAGGUACAACGGACACUACAGGUCUUUGCCCAUGUCCUGAGCCAGAUAGCCUUGUUCCCAGACAGAAAAGUGGGUGGUAUCAAUUCUAUAAGCGCUGAAGACUUGCAUCAGCUCCAAGUUUGGAACAGCUCGGUGUCUCCGGCAGUGCUGAGGUGUGUCCACGACAUGAUCCACGACCAUUGUUUAUCUCAACCAGACGCAAUCGCAGUUGAUGCAUGGGAUGGCCAGCUUACUUACGGGCAACUAGAUCAGUGGUCUUCACUAGUUUCGGUGAUUCUAAGAGAGAAAGGACUACACCGAGACAUGUUUGUCCCCCUUUGCUUUGAAAAGUCGAAAUGGGUUGCCGUUGCCAUCCUAGCAGUCGCCAAAGGCGGCGGCGCGUUCAUUCUUCUGGAUCCCUCCCAUCCACCCCAGCGACUUGCGUGGAUAUGUAAUAAUGCGCACGCAACAAUGAUUCUGUGCUCCAAGGACUUUUCUGCCUUAGCAGCCCAGAUAUGUGACCGACAUGUGGUCCAGGUGGAUGAAGGAAUCAUCGGAGAGACCCAAACCGCUUCCCCGACAGCCUCAACACUCUAUCAAACGGAUCAGAUACUUCCCAGCAAUGCCAUCUGCGCCAUAUAUACCUCCGGGUCGUCAGGAACCCCGAAGGGAGCCGUCAUGGAGCACUCGGCCUUCGCCACUCAAAUUACCGCCCUUGGGCCGCGAUAUCAUCUAAAUCGACAAUCCCGUGUCUUCCAGUUUGCUUCCCACGCGUUUGAUGUGGCCGUUUCAGAUUACUUGUUCACUCUGGCCCUUGGCGGUUGUCUGUGUGUCCCCAAGGAAGCUGAAAGCCGGGACAGCCUAACUGGUGCCAUGAGAGACCUUAAGGCAAAUUGGACCUUUCUGACACCAUCUGUAGCUCGGACUCUGGAUCCCCGUGCUGUGCCAGAGUUAAAGCUCUUGGUAAUUGGUGGCGAGUCCGCCAAGCCAGUAGAUUUCACCAUCUGGUCAGGCGCGGUGAGACUUAUCUACGUGUACGGUCCUGCUGAAUGCACCAUCUACGCCACUCUACAGACCAACACCCUCCCUAAUGCAAAUCCCACGAAUAUUGGAUCCGGAGUGGCAGCCGCAUGCUGGCUGGUAGAUCCCAACGAUCCAGAGAAGCUCGUUCCCAUUGGGGCGGUUGGGGAGUUAUUGAUCGAGGGCCCGAUUGUUGGUCGUUGCUAUCUGGGGGAUGAAGAGCUCAGCAACUCGUCAUUCAUUUCUCCUCCAUCUUGGCUACGUGCUCUGCGGCCAGGUAAAUAUGGCAAGAGGCUCUAUAAAAGCGGAGACAUGUUGCGAUAUAGCCCGGUAGGAAACGGGUCGCUCGAAUUUGUCGGCCGAAGAGAUAAGCAAGUCAAGCUUCGCGGACAGAGAAUGGAGCUUGCAGAGAUCGAGCACCAGGUUACGCAAUCCUUUCCUAUGGCAACUGAUACCGUCGUGGAGCUAGUUAUACCUUCAGGCUUGGACACCCAGAAGUUGCUUGUUGCGUUCAUCUGGGACGGCGCCAAUAGUGCAGAACAACGCUCAAGUCCAAACACAGGCACGCUGCCUGAAACAAACCUCUUUGUCUCUCCAGAUAGAUCUUUCGAGCUCCGAUCUUCGAGCGCAGAACUGGCCUUACGGAAAAGUUUGCCUCCUUUCAUGGUCCCUUCAUUGUUCAUUCCACUAAAGAAAUUUCCACUUGGGCCUACCGGAAAGGUCAAUAGGCGUCUUAUAAAGGAACAAGCUUGUCUGCUCUCCCGAAAGGAGCUCAGUGUCUACCAGAGCUUUCAGACAUCCGAAAAGAUACCUCCAUCUAAUGAGUCAGAAAUUUGGAUACGCCAAGUCGUUUCUGACGUGCUUGGUCUAUGCUCCAAUGAAGUGGGGAUGAAUGACAACUUUUUCCACCUCGGCGGCGAUUCCAUCAGUUCUAUGGUUAUUUCUACACGCGCGACUGAGAAUGGUCUGAGACUGACAGCUGCACAUAUCUUGGCACAUCCACGCCUUCGCGAUAUGGCCAGUGUAGCCAUGUGUGAUAGCAUUGACGAUAGCUCCUCCUUUGAAGAACACCCGCCACCACUACCUUUCUCGCUGCUCCAAACAAGCCAUCAUCACGAGGAGUUAAUGCGGGAAGUGACGCAGCAAUGCAACACGGACAGGAGUAAUGUUGAAGACAUAUAUCCGUGCACACCACUGCAAGAAGGACUAUUCGCUCUCACAAUAAAGCAGCCUGGAGCGUACGUCUUCAAAUUCACGCUUGAACUCGCUCAACAAAUUGAUGUGGAUCGUUUUCACAACGCAUGGAACACUGUGGUGGAGGCAAACACCAUUCUCCGCACGAGAAUCGUAUGUGCCUCCAGCAUGGGAGGCAGUCUGGUGCAGGCCGUCAUGCGCAAGACUAGCUACCGAAGUACACCUCUCGCAGCUGACCAGUGCCCCGUUGGCCUAGGCGAGCCCUUGUUCUGCAUUCAAAUUUUGGCACCAGAUGAGGAAGCAAAUGGAUACCGCGCAGUCGUGACUAUUCAUCACGCUCUUUAUGAUGGUGUGUCUCUGGGGAUGAUUAUGACACAAGUAUCAGCGGCCUAUUGCAAUGGUGACAGUCCAGUCUCACAGCCAUAUAGUUGCUUCAUCCGACAUUGCCUCUCAUUACCGGCAGAAGAUCAGAUCAAAGAUUUCUGGGAUGCCGAGUUGGGAAACGCCACUUGUCCUUCAUUCAAGGCAGCUUCCAUUGAUUCCUACUUGUUGCAAACUCCUAAAUACACGGAACGUCGGAUUGCUAUUCCAUCCGAUGCACAUCUCAAGUCCCCCUUGUCAGCAGCUCUCAAACUUGCAUGGGGAAUAGUCCUGUCGAGAUUCACUGGAGAAGGUGACGUUGUAUUCGGCACCGUAGUCAGCGGCCGGAUGGCGAAUUUGAGAGGCAUUGAGAAGAUUUGUGGGCCGACAAUUGCGACUCUCCCGUUUCGCAUCCGUCACGUUCCCUCCAUGAUCAUCCAGGAGGCUCUGGAUGAAGUGCAGACACGCACCCUAGGAAUGAUUCCCUUUGAACAGACUGGGCUGCAGCGAAUCCGUCAACUCGGGUAUGCGGAUGCGUGUCGAUUUCAGAGCCUCUUGAUAAUACAAUUCUCCGAAGACGAGGAUGUUCCUGAUAGCCCCUUGUACAAAUUCAUUCAAGGACAGCCUACUAGGACCUUUCACACCUAUCCCCUGACGAUAACGUGCAUUCCCUCAGCUGAGUCGGUCCAUGUUCGCGCGACGUUCGAUUCGGGGGGUGAUCCCUAUGGUCUUGGUGGAUCGACUGCUGGACCAAUACUCUCGCGUUCUCAUGCACAUUCAUACCGUGGCGUGGGAACCCGUGUCUUCCAUCCCUUCACAGAGCAUAGAUGA